AAACCUUGCCGUCACCACAAUCUUCUCCCUCCACCUCUCUCCCUUUCCCUUCCGCUCCUCGCAACUGCGACUGUGCUACCCCCUCGUCUCCGUCGUUUGUCUCUCGUUUCGUCUUUCGCUUUCUCUCUCGCCAACCCGUCGCCCGCUUUCCGACCCUUCCUCUCGUUCCCAACUUCUCGCUUUCUCACGACCCCUGGCACGACGAGGUUGAUCCUGCGCGCCUAUACACCAGUUUAAUCAAACCUCAAGCUCCGUUGCUCCAUCGUCUCCUAUUCCAGUUUCUACCCAACCCCAUCGCAUCCUCGUUUCGUUUUACACCCUCAGACGUUUCGAAAACCCAUCGACUGCACCCUAGGCUUGGGAGACAUCGCCCUCAGGCGGGCAUCUAGUCCUGCAUCAUGAGAGUCCAUACCACAUAUUCCGCCAUGCUCGCUCCCUUCAUAUUGCUCGCCUCCGCCCCCUUGGGUGCCUUGGCUGGCGACGUCCUCAAAACCGAUGGCUACAGCUCCUGUCAGGAAAACUCGGACAUCAAGGUCAACAAGCUGGACCUCGAGUUCGACCGGUCAACCAAAAAGAUCACGUUCGAUGUAGCGGGAUCCAGCUCCAAGUCACAGAAGGUCGUGGCCGUCCUGACGGUCAAAGCCUACGGCCAGGAGGUGUACAAGAAUGAGUUCAACCCCUGCGACGACAACACAAAGAUGGAAGAACUGUGCCCAGUACCCGAAGGCAACUUCGCUGCCAAAGGCGUCCAGACCAUUCCCGAUUCCUACAUAUCCCAGAUCCCAUCCAUCGCAUUCAAUGUCCCCGAUCUCGACAGCCAGGCCACCAUGCAGCUGAAAGCCCUUGACGGAGAGGAGCAGUUGGCUUGCAUUACCUCGCAAGUCGGCAAUGGAAAGUCGCUUACAGUCCCUGGAGUCUCCUAUGUCGCCGCUGGCAUUGCCGGUGCUGCUCUGAUCGUCUCGGGUAUUUCCGCUCUCGCCAGCGCAGGAAACGCAGGUGUCGCUACUUCCAGCCCCACCUUCUUCGAAGUCAUCGGCUGGUUCCAGUCCAUGUCACUCAACGGCAUGAUGAGUGUCCAAUAUCCUGGCGUCUAUCGAAGCUUCUCCAAGAACUUCGCCUUCAGCACCGGUCUGAUCCAGUGGGAAAGCAUGGAGAAGUCCAUUGACAGUUUCCGCAAUAAAACCGGGGGCAAUCUCACCACUGACAGCGUGGAAUUCCUGAAGAAGGCCACUCUGGUCAACAAGGAUACCUCAGUGAACAUCACCAAGCGUGCACUCGACACUGUACUGCUCUGGACUCGGGAUGAGCUGAGCACUAAUGUUAAUGGCACCCAACCCGCGAGCGAGGAGAAGAGCGAAUUCAUGCUCGCAGUUGAAGGCAUGCAGCGAUACGUUGCGGAGCUCAUGAUACCCAACGGAAACACGUUCAUGACCGUCUUGCUCAUCUUUGCCAUCGUUGUGGCAGCAAUCACCGUCGGCAUUCUCCUCUUCAAGGUCAUAUUGGAGUCGUGGGCGCUCUGCGGCAAAUUCCCCGAACGCCUCACCAACUUUCGCAAGAGGUACUGGUGGACCUUGGCCAAGACAAUCACCAAUCUGAUCUUGCUCCUGUACGGCAUCUGGACCUUGUAUUGCGUCUACCAGUUUAGGCGCGGAGACUCGUGGGCGGCCAAGACGUUAGCCGGCGUGACGCUUGUCAUCUUCACAGCAAUCCUGGCUUUCUUUACCUGGAAGAUCUGGAGCAUCGCGAACAAAUUCAAGAAGAUGGAAGGCGACUCCUCGGCCCUGUAUGAGAACAAGGAGGUCUGGAGAAAGUACAGCAUCUUCUACGAAAACUACAAAAAGAGCUACUGGUGGCUCUUUGUGCCACUGAUCGUGUACAUGUUCGCUCGAGGCUGCGUCAUCGCCGGCGCAGAUGGCCAUGGUCUUGCUCAGGCUUCUGGUCAACUCAUUGUCGAAGCCCUCCUGCUCGUUCUUCUGCUCUGGAUCCGGCCCUACUCUCUCAAGUCUGGGAACUGGAUCAACAUCGUCAUCCAGGUCGUUCGCGUGCUGUCAGUUGUCUGCAUUUUGGUGUUUGUUGAAGAGCUUGGUGUUGCGCAGACUACCAAGACCGUUACCGGUCUCGUCCUCGUUGUCAUGCAGGCUGUGUUGACAGGAAUCCUCGCAAUCCUGAUUGCAGUCAACGCCAUCAUCAUCUGCUGCCGUGACAAUCCUCACCGCAAGAAGCGGAAGGAAGCGGAAAAAAUGCGCGACCUCGAUAACCUGACGCCCCUGGACGCUCGCAACUCGCUCCUCAUGGAUCCACAGGAAUACAAGAAAGCUUCGACAUGGCGCAACUCGCGCGGCUACGAAUCGGUGCCCCUCUCCGAGCAGCCCACGGCCUACGAGGGCGCCCGGCUCUUUUCCGAUAACCAGCACCUCCUCGCUGACACGGCCAGCAUGGGAGGAAGGAGCCACAGCCACACCCGCAGUCUGAGCGGGGAGCGAAGUGACAGUCCGACUCGGGCACCUCGCUUGCCUGAGAUCGAUCUAGGUACUGCUCAGCACAGCGGGUUUGGGUACAGCGGCGGUCAUGAAGCAGGCUAUAACCAGCAAGGAGGGUACCGAGGCCAUGCCUACUAGGCAGCUUCCCU